AUGCUUUAUCACUCGUUUAUUUCUUCUCUGCUUUCAAAAGGCAUUUAUAUCAACUCUGAUAUAAUUCGUAGUGGAGAUACUACAACAAUUUCAUCAAUUAACGAUAUUUCCAAUUUAGAAUAUAAACAUAUUAGCAAUACACUUGUCAUUAGCGAUUCAUCAUCGACUGACUGGCCCUCGUAUGCUUCAUUAAGCUAUUACAAAUUCAAAAAACUUGAUCUACAGUGCCCGAAAUUAACAACUUUUAAAUUUGUUUACCCAGAAAACUCAGUUUAUGUUCAACCAUUCGAAUUCCUUGAAGAGGUUUCACUUCCUAGCAGCGUAACACAAAUUUCUGAAAAUACUUUCCAAAGAUCUCCAAUCAAGACCAUUAAUCUUGAUAAAGUUACCCAAUUUGGAAGCAAUUGUUUUAGCUACUGCCCUAAUUUAGAAAAGUUAACACUUAAUGCGGCAACAAUUCCUUCUAAUUUUGCCAAUAACUGCCCAGCUCUUAAGGAAGUUGUAUUAACGGCUUCAUCUGUUACUAUUGGUAAAAACGCAUUCCAAUACUGCCCGUCUCUUACUACAAUUGACUUUACAAAGAUAACUGCGAUUGAAGAAUACUCAUUUGCCUAUACCGGGUUCACAUCUCUAUCACUUUCAGGUGCAAGCGUUGGGAACUAUGCAUUUGCAUACACUCCAUUGCUUGAUGUCAAGUUUUCCGCUGAAUCCAAUGUUGGCACCUGUGCAUUCAAAGGAACAUUCAUCAAAUCAGUUACAAUGCCAAUAACCAGUGCUGCUCCAACAAUUUCCUUCGCAAAUUGCUACCUUCUGGAGGAUGCAACGUUUACAUCUACAAUUGCUUUUACAAUUCCUAAAGAAUGCUUCUUAGGAUGCUACUCAUUGAAGAAAGUAACAUGCGAGAAUGCAGUUACCGUUGGAGAGAAAGCUUUCUUUGAUUGCAUUAACUUAACAACAAUCGAAGGAAGUAAAAUUACAUCAUAUGGUACAAGUGCACUUGAAAACUGUGAAAAUCUUGACAUAACAAUCAAUACAACCACAACAACAUAUGGAGAAAAAUCAUUUGCUAACUGCAGGAACCUCAAAUUAACUGAAGUUUCUACAAAUACAGCAAGCUUUGCUUUCAUUGGCUGCACAGGUAUUACGAAACUUCAGCUUUUCAAUUCAGUUUCUGAAUACAUGUUUGCUGUUUGCACAUCAUUAGAAUCAAUAACAAUAGGACAAGGAUGUAAUCAAAUCCUUGAAUUUGCAUUUGCUAACUGUACAAAACUGAGUUCAAUUACAAUCAAUGGUCUAAGUUCUGUUGCAAUUAGCACAGGAGCAUUUUCUAAUGAUAUUUUAUUAGUGGAUCUCAAACUCGAGAAUGCUUCAAUAUCUUCUUAUGCUUUCCAAUAUUCCGGUAUCAAGACAAUAACAAUGGGAGCUAAUUCGGACGCAGAAGCUUUAGCAUUCAGCAGAUGCGAAGAUCUUGAGAAAAUUACUAUCUCAAAGGACUGCAAUACAUUUACCCCUAAUUUCAUUUUUGGACUUGAAAAAGUUGCUAUUGAAUUCGAAAGUGGCAACGUAAACCUUACGAACAAAGACGGCGUAUUGUAUGACAAAAAUAACAGCAUUGUUUACGUUACACCGGAAUAUGAAGGAAAAUCAUUAUCAUUUGCAACUGACGAAGAUAAAAUUUCUCCAGGAGCAUUAUACAACAACAAGAACAUAAAGCAAAUCAAUGUUACAAAAAGAUUUUCUACAAAGCCUGAUUAUUACCAACGUUUUACAGUUGAACUUCAAUUCACUGCUGCAAGAUACAUCGAAGAAGUAACAAUUAGUAUCGAUAAUUAUUCUGAUCCUAUAGCAAUCCCUGAAAAUUGCUUUUCUGCUUGCACAAACUUGAAGAAAUUAACAAUUGUAAAAGGUGUCACAUCAAUAGGACAAUAUGCUUUUAUGGGAUGCACUUCAUUAAAAGAGAUCUCCAUGCCUGACAAUAUCACACUUAACUCAUAUGCAUUCGCAUUCUGCACAAGUCUUAAAUCCAUCAGUUUACCAUUAAUUGUUGAAGGAACAACUGUUUCUAUUUUAAUGGGUUGCACAAAAUUAAAUGAUGUUGAAUUCCAUCCUUCGCAAGCAUUCAUUCCAAAGAAUAUGUUCAAAUACUCAGGAAUUAAGAAGAUCACAAUUCCUGAUUCUAUUACUUCCAUCAAUGAUUACGCUUUCGCUUGCUGCUCUAAAUUAUCUAAGUUCACACUUGGUAAAGGAUUCCAAGACCUUACAUUGAAUAUUUCCAGGUGGUUCAUACAAACAUCUAUGGAUGAAUCGGAAUAUUCAAUUAUUAACAUUGCCAAAAUGUAUGGUAUUAAAAUAGACGAUGAAUAUUUCAUGGAGAACACCAAUUUCACUUUCAAGAUCUCAUCAACAAUUAGUACAAUUGCUGCUAAUACUUUCUCUAACUUUGCUUAUAUCGACGUUGAAGUCGAUAAAGAGAAUCCAUAUUUCAAAGUUGAUUCGAAUUGCAUCAUCAAUAAAUUCUCCAACAAAUUAGUUACAACAUUUGGUGUAUUGGAUAAAUCAUUCACAAUUUCAAGCGAUGUAGAAUUCGCUACAACAGCAAUUUAUAAAGGACAGGCAACUGUUUUUUCAGAUGCUACAGGCCAAACAUUCACAAAUGAUCCACAAGUUAGACAGUUAGUUAUUCCAAGCAGUGUCAAAGAAAUUUCAUCAACAUUGACUACAAAUAAUGAUGAUAUAAGAUCUAUUUGCUAUGAAGGUAAAUAUUUCCAGACAGCCAAAUUUACUAAAGGAAAUGUUUAUGCAGCAAGUAAAUAUGUUUUCCCAACAAUUUUUGGUAAAACAAGAAACACAAAUUGCCAAACUGACUAUUUACCAAAGGAUAAUGCCAGACAUCUCGUAGGAAUGACUGGAGCAGAAAUCGGUUUAACUGUUGUCUUUGUUCUUUUCUUGGUUCUCCUUGUGAUCGUAAUUAUUCUAUAUAUCUUUGUACCAUUAACAAAGCUCAUAAUGAAGGCUGCUACAGAGUAA